AUGAGUGCUCCUCCUAGCGACUCGUCUCCAUCCGCAGAAAUAAAUGGAAAUUCAGAAAGUGCACCUCACAGUCCUCCGCCGGACGAGAUUAGAGGCCGCAGGAGGACGCGCGAGCUAAAGGCCACUCUCCCUCUGCACGGAUAUCACUCGUUUGACUCGAUGGGCCGCAAAUUCACCGUAGAGAACCGCUGGAAACUCGUGAGGCAGAUGGGAAUCGGCGCAUUUGGUGCAGUCGUCAGCGCACAGGACACUAUAUCCGGAGAACACGUCGCGAUCAAGCAGAUUAAUCGCGUCUACGAAAAGGCAAACGCUGCUUCUCCCCAGCUUGCGAGACGUGUUUUACGCGAAAUUACUCUUCUGCGACAUUUCCAGACACACCCAAAUGUUACUGGCCUAAUAGAUUUGGACUGCCUGUCCAGGGAUUCGCAAGAGAUUUAUAUUUUCAUGGAGCCAAUGGAAGCCGAUCUGCAUCAAAUUAUUCGUUCCGGUCAAGACCUCUCCACGGAUCAUAUCGCGUACUUUACUUAUCAAAUUCUGAGUGCAAUAAACUUUAUCCAUAAAUGCAACGUAAUUCAUCGAGACCUCAAGCCGGGUAACAUCCUAGUCAACUCAACCUGCGAAGUUCGGAUAUGCGACUUUGGACUCGCUCGAGGGUUUGAAAAGUACAUGGUGGACGGGUCAGAAAAGGUCACACAAAUGACAGAAUACGUCGCUACUCGAUGGUACCGAGCACCGGAGCUCAUGCUAGGUUUUGAAAGCUAUGACGAGUCGAUCGACGUUUGGUCUGUUGGAUGCAUCUUGGGAGAGCUCUUGAGCGGAAAACCAAUCUUUCCCGGAAAGGACUAUGUCGAUCAACUCAAAUGCAUCUUUGAGUAUCUAGGAACACCAUCUGAGGCGAUAAUCAAAAGAAUAGCGAGAGGAAGGGCUCGCAAAUACGUCCGUAGCCUAGCCACCUACAAGGCAAGGCCGUUCAAGUUCGCAAAAGCAAACGACGAAGCCUUGGAUCUCCUCAAUCGGAUGUUGUGCUAUGAACCAGAACGACGGAUUACGGCCGCAGACGCCAUGGAACACCCAUGGCUGGCGGCAUUCUACGACCCAGAGGAAGAGGAGAUGAACGGAUCUCCCCAACCAUUUACUCGCUGGAAGGAGAUAGAAGGCUUGGAGACUCUCGGGCAGUUUCGUGAAGCUAUAUGGGCUGAGAUACAGGAUUACCGAUCACAAGUGCGCUCUCUGGGAGAGAACUCUGUAUCGGUGUCGCCAGUGGCUCCUCUGCAUUCCCAUGUUCCUAUCCUCGCAGAACCAAUCCCAGAGGAGGCGGAACCGGAGGAAGCACAGCAGGGGAAACUAGAAACCCAGGAGACCCUUGUUACCCAGCCAGCCGGUGCUACCGAGACUAUCUCAUUGGAACCGCCGCCAGCUGUUAUUUCUCGUCCGGAAACAUCACGCCGGUCCUCUAUCGCGUCAAUUCAACGUGAAUCCACCGGCGUUGCUAUCCCGCGCCCACGCAAGGUUUCCCAACACCCGGAUCCAUUUGCAACGUUCAGCAGGAGAUCCAGCGCCAUCUUUGGCGGACCUCAGUACUCCCCCGUCGUGUCCAGCGCUGGUGGCAAUGCUUCUCAAACGUCCAUGCUCGCAUAUUUCCCGGUUCUAGACGAGACGGACGAUCCGACGCCGUCAGUCGCUGUCCCCGUGCGAUCUAGAAUGCCGUCCAUGGCCGAUGGCAGCCACUUUAGACAUCUCAGAACACUGUCUACCGUCUCUAUUCACGAGAAUGGGGCACGUCCCGGUGGGCUUUCAGCCGUGGCACCUAUUGGCAGGUUCAUUGGUGCUCAGAAGACCGGUGGUGCCGAUGCUCCUCCAUCAAGCCCGCCAUCUGAACUACGUUAA